AUGAAAGAUCUUAGAUCCCUUCGUUACUUCUUGGAUAUUGAGGUUGCUUCUUCCUCUCGUGACUAUCUUCUCUCUCAGCAGAAGUAUAUUGCAGAUAUUCUUGAGCGUGCUACUCUCAGUGAUCCUUUCAUUGCUACCACUUCUCUCUCCACACCGAUGGAAAUGAACUUGAAGCUUCAACAUGAUGAUGGUGAUCCCUUAUCUCAACCUACUCGAUAUCGGGAACUUGUUGGAGUAUUGGUUUAUCUUUCAGCAACAUGUCCAGAUAUCGCCUAUGCAGUACACAUCUUGAGCCAGUUUGUCAGUAGUCUAACUUCCAUUCACUAUGCAGCUCUCAUUCGGGUUCCUCGAUAUCUCUGUAAUACUAUAACCUAA